AAGUGCGCCGUGUCUGUGGGUUUGUUAUUGACAGAAGCUAGCCGUGGAGUUUCUCUCACUCUGGCGGGACUCGGGUAUUUUUACGGUGUACAUUUUCGGGAAAGUUCUCUGUCUUGGCGUCUGUUCAUCAUUUGAAACUCAAUAAAGUGGGAUUCAGGUGCUGUGCGGUAAAAAGGUCGGUUUGUAAGUAACUUAGUUAGCUAGCUCGUGUUUAGCCUGUUCGUUAGCUGCUAUGGAGAAGCCGUAGAGCUGUGACUGUUACCAGAGAGAGAGAGAGAGAGAGAGAGAGAGAGAGAGACAGAUAGGUGAGAGAGACAGAGAGAGAGUGAGAGACAGACAGACAGAUAGAGAGAGACAGAGAGAGGAAGGCUAAGAUGGACUGUAGCGCCCUGGAGCUCGAUGCUGUCAAGUUCGCCAAAUCAGCGGUGGUGCACGACCAGAAAGGAAAGUACAAUGAAGCGAUUUUCUUUUAUAAGGAAGCGGCCCAAGCUCUCAUCUAUGCUGGCAUGGCAGGGUCUAAACUGGAAAACAUUCAGGGAAAAGUGAACGAGUACCUGGAACGAGUACAGACUCUACUCAGUGCUGUUCAAGCCCAGAGCAGUGACCCGUUAAAGACCAAGCAUCAGCUGGACCUCGAGCGGGCGUACUUUCUGGUAACCCAAGCCUUUGAGGAGGAUGAGAAGGGUAACAGUGACGAGGCCAUUGAGCUCUACUCGCAGGCUGUGGAGCUGUGCAUACAAGCAUCCAGCGAGACCUCAGAUCAAGCACUUCAGGGCAAACUGAAGCAGUUGGCUCGCCAGGCACUAGACAGGGCAGAGGGACUGAAAGAUUCUAAACCGGCACCGCAUGAAAAGCCUAUCGGCUCCACUUCCAAAGCCCCUGCUCCGGUCAGGCAGUACCUGCCCCUGGGUCCUGACUUCUCCCUCCAUGACAAGCCACAGCCGGUCCGUGCUGUGCAGUCCAGCGAGCCACAGGGCCAGCGCUACACACCUGAGGAGAUAGAGGUGCUCAGGAAGACCUCCAAGAUAAAUGGAAUUGAAUAUGUGCCAUUCAUGAAUGUUGACCUGAGGGAACGCUUUGCUUUUCCUGUUCCAUUCUCGGACAAGCGUGGAAAGCUGGCCUUGUCUCCCAAACAGAAAGCCAUCUUCUCUCGCUGGGUCCGGCCUGACGAAAUCUGCAACAACCCCACCAUGAUUUUCACUGUGUCCAGCUUCAGUAUCAAACAGACGGUAGUGUCAGACUGCUCUUUUGUCGCCUCUUUGGCCAUUAGUGCUGCAUAUGAGAGGCGCUUCAACAAGAAGUUAAUCACCAGCAUCAUAUACCCACAGAAUAGGAGGGGGGAGCCCGAGUAUAAUCCAUGUGGGAAAUACAUGGUCAAACUACACAUCAAUGGAGUCCCUAGAAAGGUGAUCAUUGAUGAUUUCCUCCCAGUGGACCGCAAUGGUGAGCUGCUCUGCUCUUACUCAAGUAACCGAAAUGAGCUGUGGGUUUCCCUUAUAGAGAAGGCAUACAUGAAGGUGAUGGGUGGAUAUGAUUUCCCUGGCUCUAACUCUAAUAUUGAUCUGCAUGCGCUGACUGGCUGGAUCCCAGAACGCAUUGCCAUGCACUCAGACAAUCAGUCCUUCAGCAAGGACGACACCUUCCGAAUGCUUUUCCAAAGGUUUCACAGAGGAGAUGUCCUCAUAACCACAGCAACUGGUGUUAUGACAGAGGAGGAAGGGGAGAAGUGGGGCUUAGUGCCCACACAUGCCUACGCUGUACUAGACAUCAGGGAAUACAAGGGUAAGCGUUUCCUGCAGUUAAAGAACCCUUGGAGCCAUCUCAGGUGGAAGGGCCGUUACAGUGAGCGUGAUGAGAAGAACUGGACUCCAGACCUACUCAAGUACCUCAACUUUGACCCCAAAACUGCACAGAAGUUUGAUAAUGGUGUGUUUUGGAUUAUCUGGGAGGACCUGUGCCAAUACUAUGAUGUCAUUUACCUGAGCUGGAAUCCAGGACUGUUUAAAGAGUCUUCCUGCAUACACAGUAGCUGGGAUGGGAAACAGGGUCCAGUGAAAGAUGCCUAUAGUUUGGCCAACAACCCUCAGUACAAGCUGGAGGUACAAUGUCCACAGGGGGGAGCUGCAGUGUGGGUGCUGCUGACAAGACACAUCACCGACAAGGAUGAUUUUGCUCAAAAUCGAGAGUUCAUCACUUUAGUUGUUUACAAGACUGACGGAAGGAAAGUUUACUAUCCAGCCGACCCUCCUCCUUAUAUUGAUGGCAUCAGGAUCAACAGCCCACAUUACCUGACCAAGAUCAAGCUGACCAGCGCUGGAACUCACACCUUUACACUGGUGGUGUCUCAGUAUGAGAAACAAAACACAAUCAACUACACACUAAGGGUCUACUCAGUGUGCAAGUUUAAUUUCUCCAAAAUUCCAACACCCUUCACUCAUACCAAAAGGAUAAAUGGCCAGUGGAAGGGGAUCAGUGCAGGAGGCUGUGGGAACUAUAAGGACUCCUACAAGCACAACCCCAUCUACCAGUUUAACUUGGAGAAAUCGGGACCUCUGCUCAUCGAGCUCCGAGGCUCCAGGCAGUACAGCGUGGGCUUCGAGGUUGUGACCGUGUCCACUGUAGGAGACCCUGGAAGCUCAGGCUUCCAGAAGAAGAGCAGUGGAGAUUACAGAUGUGGCUUCUGCUAUAUGGAGGUGGACUACAUCCCUGCAGGCCUUUACAACGUAAUCCCCACCACUUUCCUGCCCAAACAGGAAGGGCCCUUCUUCCUGGAUUUCAGCAGUGCCACUCCUCUUCGAGUGUCCCAGCUCCAGUGACAGCUGCUCCCACGCCAGAUCAAUAACCUACUGCAGCAGAGCAGAGCCUUCUCUCAUCAGUGCUGCAGUGUCUGUCCUUCACUUCCAAUCUGGUAUGGACCUGCCUGCUGUCCCUCCGCCCCCUUCAUUCAGCCUGACUGUUGGUAUGACUGCUUUCCUCCUCACAGAGUGUGGUCUGACAGACUGUCACAGGCUGUUUCUUGCUAUGAUUGUAAAGUGCUUGGAGCACAUAUGCACACAUUGCUUCAAAGAAUUGCACAGAACUCUUCUGAUGAUGUUGGUGCAUGAACAUUUUAUUUCAUUUCCAUGGAUGACUUUUUCACUCAGGAGACUGCAAUAAACCGUUGGACUUUACAACGCUGUAAAUUAUGGGAAGAUUCAUGUUUGGUACUUAGAUGGCUAUGUAGCCGUUCUAAGGGCUCUUGAGAACCAGCAAUAUUUACUGGUGUUCAGAGUUAUAGAACUCUCAUCUAGAAGGUAUAAUGAAGUACCAGCAAGACUAUUUUACUACUUCACAAAUUAUACUAGUCCUCAGUAUCUGCAGCGUUUUAACUUCGUCAGGUGCUCAUUUUUUGUUUCAUGUUCUGUGAUGUCACAUCAAGCCAAAACAGUUUUGUUGGUCUCAAAAGCAGAAAUAUACUCUGCUAUAGAUCACUGGCUUUUAAACUGGUCUUCAGGGCCAACCAGGUGCUGCGCAUUUGUGUUCCAAAUCAGGGCACUGGGGACCAGAUUGAGAACCACUGCUAUCCAUGUUUUUCCUGAAACCCCAAUGGGAGCUGCCAAGAUGCCUUACUAUUUCCUCACUUUCCAGUUGUGCUACAAUUCCAUUAGUGCUAACAAGAGAAUUUCUAGUGAAAAAAAUAAAUUGUUGCUGGUA